GUUAGUAUAAUAUAGUGUUUGUGAAUAAUAAGUAUUUUGUAAAAAAUAUUGUGUAUUAAAACUGAGUUUCGGACAUGGUUGAGUUAACUGUGUUAGUCGAACAUAAGAUGGCGGACACUGCCUCGGUUUAAUUUCAUGCUAGGACUAUAAUACAAGAAAUGCCACCACCAGAUAAGAAAAGUGCAACUAAAGGAAAAACAAUACUACAAUCUUAUUUGAACUCUUUUGACCAAGAUAAUGAAGAAACAACUACAGUUAUAGCUGUAAAUGGCAGCGGAGAUGAAGAGGCCGAUACAGGUGUGACAUACUUUGUGGAUGAAGAAGGCCGUUACUACUACCAGCAAGCUGGUGACAAUCAAAAUCUUGUUUCUAUACCAGCAGAAGUAACUCAAGACAAUGAAGAGAUAUCAGAAGAGUCACAGAUGCUGGUUGAAGGAGAUAGUUAUCAAACUGUCACAUUGGUACCGUCAGAAACAGGAAAUGGUGAAGUCAGCUAUGUGCUAGUAAUGCAAGAUGAAAAUAAACCAGUAAUGAACAUUGAUAUAAAGGUGGAUCAGGAGGAAAAGGGUAAUGACGUGUACACUUUUGAGGAGGAAGAGGAAGGCGAUCAAGAGGGUUCUGAUGAUGGUGAUGAACCUGUAAAGCCCAAAAGUUCAUCUUCAAAACGUAGCAAGUGUGUACGACCACAUUUCACAUGCAAUUUCUGUACUUACACAAGUCAUAGGCGGUAUCUCUUGCUGCGCCAUAUGAAGUCACAUUCAGAGGAACGACCGCACAAGUGCAGUAUUUGCGAGCGUGGCUUUAAAACUAUUGCAUCUCUACAGAACCAUGUCAACAUGCAUAAUGGUGUUAAACCUCAUGUUUGCAAAUACUGCAAAAGCCCUUUUACUACUUCAGGAGAAUUGGUGCGCCAUGUACGCUACCGCCAUACUCACGAGAAGCCUCACAAAUGCUCUGAAUGUGAUUAUGCUUCUGUAGAGCUUUCCAAACUACGACGUCAUGUACGUUGUCACACUGGAGAAAGACCAUACCAGUGCCCUCACUGUACAUAUGCCUCUCAAGAUACAUUCAAGUUGAAAAGACAUUUGCGUACACAUACUGGGGAGAAGCCUUACAAAUGUGAUCAUUGCAACAUGUGUUUUACACAAUCCAACUCUCUUAAGGCUCACAAGCUGAUACACAAUGUAUCAGAGAAGCCAGUGUUUGCAUGUGAACUUUGUCCAACAAAAUGCGGCCGUAAAACGGAUUUACGCAUACACGUGCAAAAAUUGCAUACUUCUGAUAAACCUCUUAAAUGCAAAAGAUGUGGAAAAUCAUUCCCAGACCGAUAUUCGUGUAAAAUGCACAACAAGACACAUGAAGGUGAAAAGUGUUUCAAAUGCGAGCUAUGCCCAUAUGCAUCAACGACUCUACGUCAUCUCAAGUCACACAUGCUCAAACACACGGACGAGAAGCCCUUCGUAUGUGAUCAGUGUGACCAGUCAUUUAGGCAAAAGCAACUAUUGCGUCGCCAUCAAAACUUGUACCACAACCCCAAUUAUGAGCCAAAGCCUCCUAAGGAGAAGACACACACAUGCCAUGAAUGCAAACGGACAUUCGCGCACAAUGGCAAUUUAAUCAGACAUCUUGCUAUUCAUGAUCCAGAAUCAGGCCACCAUGAGAGAGCCCUUGCCCUUAAACUUGGUCGUCAGAGAAAAAUUAAAAUUAUUGAUGGAAAUAUGAAGUUGGACGACUCCAGCAAUGAUGGGGAUAUAACAAAGAUAGAACUAGGCAACAAUGAACUCAAACGUGGCGAGCUGGUGACUGUGGCAGAUGGUGAAGGGCAGCAAUAUGUUGUGCUUGAGGUGAUUCAGCUGGAAGAUGGCACUGAGCAGCAGGUUGCUGUCGUCGCCCCUGAUUAUAUGGAGGAGGAAGAACAAGAAGAAGAAGAGGAGGAAGAAGAGGAAGAGGAUGAAGAAGAUGAAAUGGAAAAGAAGCAGGCUUAUAUUGAGCAAGCUAAACAGAAAAAUUUAGAGAGAAGCAUUAAACUUGAAAAGGACGUAGAUACUUGCUUUGGCUUUGAUGAGGAGGACGAACCAGAAGACGAAGAGGAAGAAAUAACUUAUAGUGAAAAUGUUGUAUUACGUCUAGUUUAAUUGCACAAGUAGGAAUACUUAAUAACCUUUCAUAUAAGUCACGCAGUGUAGUUAGAGGCCACACUAAAGUACUACUUAAAACAUGCGCAUUCUAUCAAAAGUGCAUUUUUGCAUUAAAUGUCUAGUGUAAUUUAUCUUAAAAUAUAAACCAGGCAUGUACACUUAUGUGAUGUAGUUGAAAUCAAAUAUCUAGCUAUGUGUAAUAACAUAAUUUUAUUUUAAAACAUCUAAGCUGUAAAUUAUGUUAAUAUUAUACUUUAAAAUUUUUAAUCGUUAAAAAUUAUGUUCUUUUUUUAUUUUUUAACAAAUUAUGUACAUUUUACUCAAUGUAAAACUUUAAAAUCGUAUUUUUAAAGUAUAAAAUCAUUUUUAGUACUUUCGUUAUAACUAUAAAGUUAUAUAGUAACUUUGUAAUUUUGGCUAGAUAGGAAUAUUAAAUAAAUAUUCAUUUUUUUUCAUAAAUGUUGUAGUUGGGAUUAAGUUUGAAAUUUAAAAUUAGUUAUCAAAAUUAUAUAAAUAUAUUAUAUAUAUUUUAAUUCUUUGGCCUUUCCACAAUCAGAAUAUAUAAACAGCACGCUUUUUCUUAUUUGAGCGGGCCUCGAAUUUGCUUUAUUAGUUCUGUGGUACCUUGAUGUAUACUUGAAUAUUACAUCAAUAAAAAUAAAUAUUUGUACAACUCUUAAUUUAUAUAAAACUAUGUGUAGUUAAGGUCAUAUGUUUAUAUAUAAUGUUCAAAAUUUUAGUUUUCUUUUGUAAUUACUUUC